GAGCCCGAAGCCAGAGGCGGAAGAAGGGCCAGACUGGCGGAUGGCCAAGCCGCUGGCGCACCGCGGGCGCCGCGGCGAUGCCUCCGCCGCUCCGGUCCCCGCCAGAGAGAGAGGCAGCGGCGGCGGGCGCUCGGGCGCGACCCGCGCAGCGAGGGCGCUCGGGCGAGCCAUGGCCAAGCUGACCUUCAAGACGGCUCAUCUGCUCAGCCUGGCCGGCACCGUCUGCCUCAGCCUGGGCCUGACCGCCCUGGGCCUGGGCGCGCUGGCGGCUCCCGCGGAUGCUGCAGUGCACUACUCGGGCACUCGCCCGCCAGCCGCUGCUGUGCCAUUCGUGAUCGCGAUGGGCGUCCGGGACAUCUCCCUGGGCAUCGGGACAGCGAUAGUGGCGCUGAAGAGCCCGGGGGCGAUGCGGCUCUUCGCUCCCGCUGUCUUGAUCGUUCCGAUCGGGGAUGCUGUAGCUACCUUGUCGCAUGGUGCUACACUUUUCCAGGCAGCUCCGCACGUGCUGGGCACCGCUGGUGUUGCGAUAUUUUGUGCCGCGCUGUGGAUAGACCCUGCAUUCAAUUUUCGCAGCAGCUUGGCAGAGCCUCUUGCACACGGGGCAACGAGCGAUGCUCAUUGA